AUGUGGAAUAUCUUGGUGGUUUUGUUGUUUUUCGAGUUCACUUAUAGUUCCUAUACGCCUAUAGCCAUAAACAACGUGACAUACAAUGAAGAAUACGAGUUUACGAUCAAUAGAAGUGUAGGAUAUAUUUGUCGUUUUCCGGUGAAAAAAGAAAUCUUCCACAUCAAGUUAAAAUCUACAGGCAUGGCACGGAGAAUGAAAGUUUACCUUUGAUGAUUGUAGCUCAAACUCCUACGGAAAUGUUAUCGUGGAAGUUACCUUUAAGGGUUGAAAGUUCAUCCGGUAGUAAAAUAUUUCAGUCUCACAUCCAGGAUUAUUUGUCAGGACCCGCACAACAAAAAUUUAUCGAGUAAUGAAAAAGAAUAUGAUAAUCCUAUAAUUUCAAUAUCCACAGCGUCUGUGGAUCCAAUUUCGUUCAACGUUAAUGUAAGCUAUGUGGAGGAUUUUUAUAUAAAACCUUCUGUUGAAUAUAAGACAGUUAUUUCACCUAGUGAACCCAGAUAUUUUUUCUACCAUUUCGAUAAAAACACUUCAUUAAGUGACCAGGAUUCAAAUUACGAAACCGUCAUACUAAAAGUAACAUCAGAACAUGAAACAUGCAUGACCGUCAGCAUACAAGAUGCCAAGUGCCCUGUUUUGGAUUUAAAUGAGGAUAUAACAUACAGAGGGUUUUAUGAAACUGUGACUACUAAAGGAGGUAUCACAAUACCUAAAUACAAAUUUCCCAACGGUUUUUACAUUGUUUUUGUUGCUAAAGGCGACGAAAAUUGUAUGUACCAAGAUCUGUUAGAGGAAAGUUUUUUCAAGAAAAAUAUAUCAUUUAAAAUUGAGCCUAGUAUAUCAUAUUCUGACUACCAAACUGCAGUUUUAACAACAAUUGCUGGAAUAGUUCUUUUCUAUAUAAUUUUUUUAAGUGGUUAUGCAAUUUGCAUUAAAAGAACCCAUAUACCAAGGUCACUUGAAUAUGUAACCCCAUCUCAAUCCACAGUAAAUACCCCAACUGUUAGUGGUAUUGUAGAAGUAGAUACAACAUGUGAACCCCCAAACUUGGCAGACUCAGUGUCUUUGGACGAACAAGAAUACGAUGUAUUAUUAGACGCCGAUAGAGACAAGGAAAUACGUUUGUCGAAAAGCGCAUUAUUUUUACACGAUUUAGCAAGAAAAGAUCCCAGAAUUCACAAACAAAAAUCGUAUUUGUAUCUUUACAACGUUCUAACAAUAGCUCUGUUCUAUGGCUUGCCAGCCAUUCAGUUGGUCAUAACUUAUCAAAGAGUACUUAACACAACAGGUGAACAAGAUCUGUGCUACUACAAUUUUCUAUGUGCUCAUCCUUUGGGAAACUUAAGUGACUUCAACCAUGUUUUUUCCAACGUCGGUUACGUUUUCUUGGGAAUCUUAUUCCUAUUUAUUGUGUAUAAAAGGGAGAAAACUCAUCAAGACUUAGAUUUUGAAAGGUCCUAUGGUAUACCGCAGCAUUAUGGUAUGUUUUACGCCAUGGGUGUGGCUUUAAUGAUGGAAGGUAUACUGAGUGGUAGUUACCACGUGUGCCCUAAUCAAAGCAACUUUCAAUUCGAUUCUAGUUUUAUGUACGUAAUGGCGGUGUUAUGUAUGGUAAAAUUGUACCAAAACAGACACCCAGACAUCAAUGCCAAUUCGUACUCAACUUUUGGAGUAUUGGCAGUGGCUAUUCUUCUUGGUAUGGUUGGUAUUAUGGAAGGACACACGUUUUUGAUUUUUUUCACCGUCAUACAUAUCUUGACGUGUUUAUAUCUAACCUUACAAAUAUAUUACAUGGGGUGCUGGAAAUGCGACAAAGGUGUUUUCCUGAGGAUAUACAGAACAUUCUUAAACGACUUUAGAGCAGGUCCUUUAAAUAUAUUUAUUCCGACUUACAAGGCUCGUUUUUUUCUUCUUGUGGUUGGCAACAUUAUAAACUGGUUGAUGGCCACCUUUGCUCUUUUAAAAGGUGGCAGUAUAUUCGCUUUGUAUCUUCUUGCAGUUUUCAUGAUGAACACUUUAUUGUACUUCUUCUUUUACAUUUUGAUGAAGUAUUACUACAAGGAGAGAGUGAACUUAAGGUCAUGGGUGUUUCUAAUCAUAUCUUGGAUAUGUGCUACAUCAGCCAUGUACUUUUUCUUGCACAAAAGUAUAUCUUGGACGGAAACACCCGCAGAGUCCAGAAAAUACAACCACGAAUGUAAAAUUCUACAUUUCUACGACUACCACGAUAUUUGGCACUUUUUAAGUGCCAUAGGUAUGUUUUUUACGUUCAUGGUACUUCUCACCAUGGACGAUGAUUUGUCCCAUGUCCAUAGAACCCAGAUACCAGUGUUUUAG